GGGUUCGGACUCGGCGCGAUCAGUCAUGGCGGCUUUCCGCGACAUGGUGGAGGUGAGCAACUGGCUACUGAGCCUGCUGGGGGCCAACCGCGCCGAGGCGCAGCAGCGGCGGCUGCUCGGGAGCUACGAGCAGAUGAUGGAGCGGCUGCUGGAGAUGCAGGACGGCGCCUACCGGCAGCUUCGGGAGACUCUGGCUGUGGAGGAGGAAGUGGCUCAGAGCCUUCUUGAACUGAAAGAAUGUACGCGCCAGGGGGACACCGAGCUGCAGCAGCUGGAGGUGGAGCUCCAGAGGACCAGCAAGGAGGACACCUGUGUGCAGGCUAGGCUACGUCAGCUCAUCACAGAGCUGCAGGAGCUCAGGGAGAUGGAGGAAGAGCUCCAGCGCCAGGAGAGGGAUGUAGAUGAGGACAACACCGUCACCAUCCCCUCUGCAGUGUAUGUGGCUCAUCUCUAUCACCAAAUUAGUAAAAUACAGUGGGAUUAUGAAUGCGAGCCAGGGAUGAUCAAGGGCAUCCACCACGGCCCCACAGUGGCCCAGCCCAUCCACUUGGACAGUGCACAGCUCUCGCCGAAGUUCAUCAGUGACUACCUCUGGAGCCUGGUGGACACCACGUGGGAGCCAGAGCCUUGACCUCAUACCUUGCACAGAACUGGGGUUGAGGGAGCCAAGGAGGGGAUCACUCUAAAAUUAAAUGUCUGUAUGUGAGUGCGUUCAUUGAUUUAUCUACUUGCUUUGAGACAGCAUGGAGUCCAGGCUGGCCUGCAGCUUCUUUUUUAUUUGUAAUUACAUUUACUGUAUGAAUGUUUUGUCUGCAUGUGUGUCUGUUAGCUGUGUAUUCCAGGAGAGGUUAGAGAGGGCUUCAGACCCCCUGAAACUGGAGUUAUGGGUGGUUCUGAGCUGCCAUGUGGCUACUGGGAAUCGAACCUGUAUUCUAUAGAAGAGCAGCCAGUGCUCUUAAUUGUUGAGCUGUCUCUCCAUCCCCUUAAUUACAAUUUUAAAAAAUGUGUGCCUAGCCGGGCGUGGUGGCGCACGCCUUUAAUCCCAGCACUUGGGAGGCAGAGGCAGGCGGAUUUCUGAGUUCGAGGCCAGCCUGGUCUACAGAGUGAGUUCCAGGACAGCCAGGGCUAUACAGAGAAACCCUGUCUUGAAAAAACAAAAAAAAAAAAAAAACAAACAAACAAAAAAACAAAAACAAAAAUGUGUGCAGUUGGGGCUGGAGAGAUGGCUCAGUGGUUAAGAGCACACUGAUUGCUCUUCCAGAGGUUCUGGGUUCAAUUCCCAUCUGUAAUGGGAUCCGAUGCCCUCUUCUGGUGUGUCUGAAGACAGCCACAGUGUACUCACAUACAUUAAAUAAAUACUCUUUUUAAAAAAAA